CGGAUUCAUUGUUCACAAUGCACCCAGACAGGUUGUGAUUGCGGAUUCAUUUUUAUUUUUAAAUAUAAUGUUAUUACACAUCUGAAAAAUGGGUUGUGGAAUGAGGUCACUGUGCCAAGUAGGGUUGCCACCCGUCCUGUAAAAUAUGGGAUCAUCCUGUAUUUAAAGAUAAAAUGAUACGUAAAAUGAUCACAAAGGGAUUUGUCCCAUAUUUAAGCUGGUCAGAUGGCGUCACGGUGAAAUUGUUCCAGAUCACCAGUUUAACAUUGAUAUAAGUUGGAAAAUUUGCCUAUGGUGGGUAAGGGACCGUCUGAAAAGUCUACAAAUGGUGGUAAAACUGGAGUUUUUUUCUAUAUAAAUGUUCAAUAAGAUCAAACAAUGUAUGAAUACAAUCAUAAAGACAAGUACAGGUGAAGGGGGAAAAAAAAUAUUUAAAUUUUUUUUUUUAAAUAUGAAUAAACCAUCCAAAAUGUAUAUAUAAGAUAAAGAAGACCAAUAAUUGAAAAAAUUCAAAUAAAUAUUUUUUAACAUAUAAAUGAUGUAUUGGGUCAUGGGUCAGGAAAGUUCUAAUUUUAGCAUAUAAGAAAGGAUAUACAAUUUUUUAUUAAUAACGCAUAUGAACAACGCAUUUAUUGCUAAAACUGUGGAGCAUGUGGUUAGGGGCCAUGAUCCCCCACUCCCCCCCCAGUGUCAAGUAAGUGAAUCGUCCACUUGUCCGAAACAAAACCCCGCAUAUGCGUUGUCCUUAAACUCUAAAAUAAUUUUAACAUGGAUGACACAGCUAUAGACGCACAAAGUCGGUUUUGAGUUAAAAUUAAAGCCGCCUUGGCUGAGUUUCAAAUCCUAGUGAACUGCCUUCCUAGAUAGCAUGUUUAAGGGCCCGUUGUACAAAGGUGCCUCGGUUUGUUCCUCUGAGGCAGCAGACGUCCUGACCCCGCCCCCGCCCUUUUCCUAACCAUAUGGAGCCUGUGAGGCUGAGCAGCCUGCCAGGAACAACACAUGGCACCUUUCACCCAUCGCGUAUUUAAAGGUCUCCACUGCAGCGCCGCCUCACGCCCAUAGAAAUAGUAGAAACGGGCAAAAACAGUGAUGACACAGCAGGAUGUUCUGAAAAGGCGAGGCUUACCUGCCCGGAAGUUGUUUCUCAUUUAUUAGGUCCUAAUAAUAAUUGUCCUCUUCAAUUCAGUUUUUUUUUUUAAGUUUGUCAGUAUCCUUAUUUGUGUGAAAAUUAUGAAUAUACGGUUUGCUGGGGUAAAACAUAGACGACGGUAACACGUGGUACGUGUUACUUUUCUCAGCGCUUUGUAGACUGGACCAACCACUGUCGGUUGGUAAUCCUGGAAACGUUUUUUAUUGAAUUAUUUUAUAGAUAUCAAUAUGACGCGUUUCCAUUUGAUUCCUGGAUAGCAUUUUACCCCCAGUAAGACACAAAAGUCCUGAUAUUUCGAUGAGGCUGUAAAGGAGAAGUUGUCUUUCUGAGCCACCCAGUGCCCCCUUGAGGACUACACUGUUGUGUUCCAUUGGAAACGGUAACAUGUGCCACCCAAUGCCCGCACCCAAUGCCCGCACCUCACCUCAAACACUGCGGCAUCCUGUAAUCUCUCUCUCUCACACAUCUCUGUGACUCUUAUGAGCGUUUAAAAACACGCGGAUCAAAAGUCAUUUCUCUUCAUAUUGUAUGACCAUUACUAAGGUCUUCGUGUGGUCAGCACAGACAGGAUGACAUGGCGUCCUCAGUACCGUAGUUCCAAGUACCGCCACGUGUUUGGGAAGCCGGCCACAAAGGAGAACUGCUAUGAUGGUGUACCAAUCACCCGGAGCGUUCACGACAACCAACUCUGCGCAGUCAACCCUCGCUUUAUCGCCGUUAUCACAGAAUGUGCAGGGGGCGGAGCCUUCCUGGUGCUGUCCAUCCAUCAUACUGGCAAGGUCGAUCCUCAUCAUCCAAAGGUUUCGGGUCACAGAGGCAAUGUGCUUGACAUCAAAUGGAAUCCCUUUAAUGACUUCUGCAUUGCAUCCUGUUCAGAGGACGCCACAGUAAAGAUCUGGAACAUUCCUGAACAUGGUGUUAUGAAGAAUAUCACAGUGCCUUGGAAGGAACUGCAGGGUCAUUCACGACGUGUCGGUCUCAUCGAGUGGCAUCCCACUGCCAGCAGCAUCAUUUUCAGUACCGGAUAUGACUACCAGGUUAUGGUGUGGAACCUGGAUGUUCCUGAGCAGGUGAUUAAGAACCCUGUGCGGUCCAUCAGUGUGCACUCAGACGUAGUUCUGUCCAUGUCCUUUAACACAGAUGGCAGCAGACUCGCCACCAGUUGCAAAGACAAGAAAAUCAGAGUAAUUGACCCACGUACUGGAAUCCUUUUACAGGAGACUAACAGCAGAACACACAAAGGCAUUAAAGUGCUAUUUCUGGGAAACCUGAAAAUGCUCCUCUCCACAGGAAAUUCACGCUGGAACCAUCGUCAGAUUGCACUUUGGGAUCAGGAGGACCUCUCUCAGCCGUCCUAUUCAGAGGACUUGGAUGGCUCCUCUGGUGUUCUCUUCCCUUUCUAUGACCCUGACACGCACAUGCUUUACAUAGCUGGAAAAGGUGAUGGUAAUAUCAGAUAUUAUGAAAUCAGCCCAGAGAAGCCAUAUGUGCACUAUCUGACAGAAUACCGGUCUCUUCUUCCACAAAAGGGAAUGGGUGUCAUGCCAAAGCGAGGGCUUGAUGUGUGUUCCUGUGAAGUGUUCAGAUUCUACAAGCUUGUGACAAUCAAAAGUCUCAUAGAACCUCUAUCCAUGAUUGUUCCACGAAGGUCAGAGUCCUAUCAAGAGGACAUUUACCCCAUGACAGCCGGAAACCAGCCUGCCAUGACAGCGGAUGAGUGGAUCAGGGGUCUAGACAAAGGUCCAGUGAUGAUGUCUCUAAGGCCUGGAAGUGAACUGGACUCAUAUGUGGAGUUGGGCUUGGGAAAAGGCUCAACUGACUCGGACACACACCAUUCUCGGAGUCGGCCAGGGUUGCUAAUUCAGGAACGGCUGGAUGCCAAAGAAGGGAACAAGCGCAAAGAAUCCUACACCACCUUGCUUCUCCCAUCCACAGAUGAAAACAGCAGCUCUACAACCCGUGUCAGCAAUGGGCAGAGCUCGCCGCCCAAAACAGAGAACGAGCUACGGCAAGUAUUUUAUAAGCAGCAGGAAGAGAUCCGCAAGUUGAGGGAGCUGCUUAACCAGAAGGAUGUGCGGAUAAAACAGCUGGAACUGGAGAUCAAAAAUGUGAGAAACUCACAAAGCACUCUUUGAGAGAGACUGGCCUACAUCACACCACCAAAAGCCUUGUCUGCCUCACUCUCAUUCACAUAUGAACCCAUCUUACGGCCUCAUAUCAAUAUGCUGUAAGAAACACACACGAGCUACAUUCCCAUGUAUAAGCUCUCUUUAUGCAGUCAUUCCUUUCAUGGAUUUGAGCACAUAAAUACAACAUUCCUGGAAGUUUUUUUGUACAAUUCAGCACUAUGCUUACAUUUUUUUUGUGUGUGUGUGAUUAUACUUGUUGAAAGGUUUUUUUAUUAUUAUUAUUAUUGUUUUAAAAAUGUUUCUUAAGUGGGCAAUUGUGUGUAUUGUUUUAUAAUUUGGAAACGUUAUGCGAAUGAUUGAAUAUUUUGCUGAGUAAUUUGCUAUUUAAAUUACUAUUUUGCAAAUGGAUGAGUGAUGUGAUGCAUAAGAAUGUCUGAUAUUACAAAUGCAAAUCCAACGUUUUAUAACAAGGGGACGGGACAUUAAUUUGGAUCAUCUUAUGUUUUAGAUCGAGUUUGCUUUGUGAUCAAAUGCUGUUGAAAGAGAGAAAUAAAUACCAAAUGCCAUCAUUCACUAGUGAGGCACCAUUAUGGAAAUGAGCUGGGAUUCAGACAAUAUCUAAGAAAGGUCAAGAUUAGUUUAAGUAAUCCCUUCAAGCAUUUUAAACACCUACCGACAAAAUUAUAUUCUUUAAAUAGCAACACAAUAGUCAUUAAAGGAAUAUUCCGGGUUAAGCUCAAUCGACAGCAUUUGUGGCAUAAUAUUGAUUACCACAAAAAUGUAUUUUGACUCAUCCGUCCUUUUCUUAAAAAAGCACAAAUGUGUGUUCCAGUGAGACACUUACAAUGGAAGUCAAUGGGGGUCAGUCUGUAAACAUUAAAAUACUCACUGUUUCAAAAGUAUAGACACAAGACAUAAACAAUAUGUGUGUUAACAAUUAUUUUACUGUCAUAAAAUCACUUACUAACCACAUCUGUGGAAAGUUAUAGACAAUUUUACAACUUCGUUGCUAUGACGAUAUAAUGUCAGCAACCCCUGAAAUUCUAAAAAUGUCAAUUUAAACAACUUUACAGCUCAAAUAACACAUGAGCUUUAACAGAAGAAUUAAUGUAAGUGCUUUUAUAAAAUUAUAAGCUUUUAAACCCUCCAAAAAUUGGCCCCAUUGACUUCCAUUGUAAGUGUCUCACUGGAACAUAGUUUUGUGAUUUUAAAGAAAAGGAGGGACGAGUCGAAAUUAAUUUUUAUGGUAAUCAACAUUAUGCCACAAAUGCUGUCGAUUGAGCUGAACUUGUAUUGAGCUUAACCUGGAAUAUGCAUUUAAAGGGAUAGUUCACCCAAAAAUGUAAAUUCUCUCAUCAUUUACUCACCCUCAUGCCGUCCCAGAUGUGUAUGACUUUCUUUCUUCUGCAGAACACAAAUAAUAAUAUAAUAGUGUACAAAACUGAAGAUUUUUUAUUUUAAAUUUUGCUGUUGCUGUAUCUUCAAAUAAUUUACUAAAUGUUUUUCAAACA